AUGUCCAGCAGUGGUCUUGACUUCUUCGACCGUGUACCCGCUUACGAGCAGCAUCCAGACUUGACGAACAAAUAUACUGCAGUUAAUGAGCCGAGCCACCUUUCUCGAAACAAGACAGAGCGUUGGCGUCUCCAGGGUCUUCAGAGGACCCUUACCGAUCCCAGCACUUCGACGAAUCCAGCCGACUAUGUCUACGUCCCGAAAACUUGGAAAGAGAAGUGGGAUCUCUGGAUGAUCAACGAGGGCGGAAGGAGGAUCUUCUUUUUUGCAUGGGUCUUUCUCCAUCUUGCUGUCGCAGCCCUUGGUUCGGUCCACUAUGGUCUGAAAGACAACCUCGUCACUGCCCGUAAGACGUUCGGCAUUACGUUCGUGAUCGCCCGUAGUGCUGCUCUCGUCCUUCACGUCGAUGUCGUUUUCAUCCUGCUUCCGGUAUGCCGCAACUUCAUCUCUUUAUGCCGUCGCACUCGCUUGGGGCAGAUCAUCCCGUUCGACAAGAACAUCACCUUCCAUAAGGCGACCGCCUGGUCCAUCGUAUUUGGCUCCGUCGUGCACAUCAUCGCACAUAUGGUCAACUUCACCGAGUUAGCAUUUGCUGACCCCGACGCCACAACCCCCGCGAAGCGUUUCGUCAUAUUCCUGACGGCCAACUUCGCCACGGGACCCGGUCUGACCGGUUGGAUCAUGACCGCUGCGCUGGGGAUCAUGGUCUACUACGCCAUGGAGAAGAGACGAAGGGCUAGAUUCGAGGCGUUUUGGUAUACCCACCACCUCUUUAUUGUGUUCUUCCUCGCCUGGCAGUUCCACGGCAUGUUCUGCAUGAUUCAGCCGGACAGGCCUCCUUACUGCUCCUUCAACACUAUCGGUGUCUUUUGGCGAUAUUGGCUCGUCGGGGGUGUCAUCUGGAUAAUCGAGCGUAUCCUUCGCGAAGUCCGUUCCCGCCAUCGCACGUAUAUUUCCAAGGUCAUUCAACAUCCUUCGAACGUCAUGGAGCUGCAGAUCAAGAAGGAUAAAACAAGAGUUCGCGCAGGACAAUACAUCUUCCUUUCCUGCCCCGAAAUCUCUUAUUUCCAGUGGCACCCUUUCACUCUCACCAGUGCGCCCGAGGAGGAUUAUAUCUCCGUGCACAUCCGUGUCGCUGGUGAUUGGACGACCGCUAUGUCCAAGGCGGUUGGUUGCGACUUCAAGAGCAAGAAGGGUGAAAAAGACAAGGAUGGUGGAGGAAAGGUUAUCGGCACCGACGUGAACCCGCCUGUUAACAAGAUUUUGCCUCGCGUUAUGGUUGAUGGCCCGUUCGGCAGUGCAUCCGAGGACUUUUUGAACUAUGAGACAGUGCUGCUGGUCGGAGCUGGUAUUGGUGUUACGCCGUUCGCUUCAAUCUUGAAGUCAAUCUGGUAUCGGAUGAACAAUCUCAACAACUCGAAGCCAACUCGUCUCUCUAAGGUCUACUUGACUUGGGUCAUCCGUGACUUCGGCUCCGCAGAAUGGUUUCACUCUCUCCUGCACGCCAUCGAGGAACAAGACACCCAGAACCGAAUCGAGAUCAACAUAUACUUGACUGCUAAGAUCAAAGAGGACGACAUGAACAAUAUCAUCGUGCAGGAUGUCGGAGCCGAGAAGGACGCCAUCACGAGCUUGAAGGCGCCCACGCAUUUCGGUCGUCCGAAUUGGGACCGCGUGUUCUCCUCUAUUGCGCAACAGCAUCCAGAGACGGACGUCGGUGUGUUCUUUUGUGGACCUUCGAUACUUUCAAGACAAUUGCACCAGUCGAGUAAUAAGUUCUCGAAGCCGAAGGGGACGAGGUUUUUCUUUGGAAAAGAGAAUUUCUAG